AUGAUGUUUUUUUUACUGGACCUACUAUGGAUGCUGAUUGAAUUGUCCUACUCCAUCCUGAGUGCCGUACUGCAGACCUUUCUCCGGCCGAGGUUGAAGUGCAUCGACGGGGAGCUGUGCCUCAUCACGGGUGCCGGGGGCGCGCUGGGUCGACUGUUCGCUCUGGAGUUUGCCAAAGAGGGCGCCAACCUCGUGCUCUGGGACUGCAACCAGGCCGCAAACGAGCAGACGGCCGAACUCGCGCGGGAAAAGGGGGUCAAAGUGUACACGCACACUGUUGAUCUUUCCCGCCGUCAGGACAUUUAUGAGGCCGCGGAGAAGGUGAGGCUCGAUGUUGGCAAUGUCACGAUAUUGGUGAACAACGCCGGGGUCGUGGCGGGACGGCGGCUGCUCGAGUGCCCCGAUGAGCUGUUGGAGAGGACUCUGCUGGUGAACUGUCACGCUCUCUUUUGGAUGACGAAGGCCUUCCUGCCUCAGAUGAAAGCCCAGAACCAUGGCCACAUUGUUACCAUCGCCAGUGCCCUUGGCCUGUUCAGCACUGCGUGUGUAGAGGACUACUGUGCCAGCAAAUUUGGUGCUGUGGGGUUCACCGAGUCCCUGGCCCACGAUCUCCAUGCAGAAAACCUGAAUGGCAUCAAAACCACCCUGGUCUGCCCGUACAUUGUAGACACAGGCAUGUUCGAGGGCUGCGAGAUCAGGAAAGAGCUGCGGGGUCUGAUCCCUCCACUGGACCCCCUCUACACCGUGAAGCAGUCCAUGAACGCCAUCCUGGCCGAGCAGCAGAUGAUAUGCAUUCCUCGCCUUAUGUACAUUCCAUUGCUGACACGAGCGCUGUUGCCUUGGGAAGCCAAUGUUGCCACGUACCGCUUCAUGGGAGGGGACAGAUGCAUGAUGCCCUUCAUCAAGAACAUGGAAAUAAAAGCAGCCAAAGACCAAGUCAAAACCUCCUAGUGACUUUCUGUUGAAGUCGCUCCAGCUACUGGAACGCUAUACAAACCAAAGUCUCCGUAUACAAGAAUCUAAAUAGAAAGUGAACGUCAAGUGUGUUUACAUGAGAAAUGUAUGAAUAUUUCUGAAAAAAAACUGGAUGUUUUUAAUGAUUUAAUGUACUCAUCCCACUGAAUACCUUUAUUAUAAACGGAUACAAUAAACAUAUCGGGAACAAGUUAAUUUCCUUUGGUAUAGAGACCAAAUGUUUAACGUGCUGGGAUGUUCAGUAAAAAAUAAGCUGUAUGUAUUAAAUACAAAAGAGUCGAAAGGCCAGGCUCUAUACA